CUCCCUCCCCCACAUGGUCAACCGGGCGGGCGCAUCUCAAUUUGCCGAACAUGCAACUUUUUUUUAUUUUUUAAAAGAAAUUUGACUGUUGACUGAUUCCCCAUCCCAUCCACAUACUCUCUAGCGCAGGAACAAAACGAUCUGGGAUAGAGGACUCAAUUUAUCUGGUGCGCAUCCAGAUUGCACCCAUCUGUGUCUGCCAUAUGCAAACCGUGCGCAACGCGCUCAGCAUUUCAGCCUCUUGUUCCAAGGCUAAUUUAAGAAACCGUGUUGGGGUGAGUUGAAUGUGUAGCAGCAGCACACUACAAAGUCUGACAUAGUUUAGUUACUAAAUGCGCAUAUUUCAUCAUUAUACAUUUUUUUAUUCAUAAAUUCAUCAAGACCAUUUGUUUCUAACCGGGAUUUAAAGUUAUGGAUUCAACGGAGGAUAACGGGGAGAGCAAGGCAGCACUCCGUCCAUGCGCGCCCAGGUCUCUUCUCCUGCGCUGUCUGGUCUGUUUCCCUACGGUGGUGUGUUUCAUGUUGUCCCUGAGCUCCAUAGCCAUCUGCCUGCUCAUGAGCUUCAAGACUUACCAACUGGAGAACCGACUGGAUGCGCUGGAGUUGGAGAAAAACACAGUGUUUAACCCUCCGGAGAGCGCCUUCACGCGCGAGGAUGGGACUGUACUACCGGCACUAAGGAGUUCUAUCGAGACGCUCCUGCAAGAGAGACUGAGUGAAGUGAUGCCCAAACUGCGCAUGGCAAGGGACGUCCCCCAAGAGUGUUCCUGCCCACCAGGUCCUCCUGGAAAGCGUGGAAGGAUGGGAAGAAGAGGUGAUCCCGGAGCUCCAGGCAAGACUGGGAGAGAUGGAUACCCGGGCCCGCUCGGCAUGGAUGGCAAACCAGGUCUCCCAGGUCCUAAAGGAAGUCAGGGACCAGUGGGACUCAAGGGAGAUAAGGGUGACCAGGGAGACAUUGGGCCCAGGAUGGUCUUUCCCCGCUAUGACCACGGCUUUAUGUCUGGUGACCAGUCCAACUUUCAGAGACGCUUGAUGAAGGGUGACCAAGGGUCCCCGGGCCCCAGAGGCCCUCCUGGGAACACAGGCAAGGACGGGCCCCGCGGCCCCGCUGGAGAACAGGGUUUCCCUGGUCUCGAUGGUGUGGAGGGACAAGCAGGUGUACCUGGAAAGCCGGGUGAAGAUGGCGAGCCAGGAUACCCAGGGCCACAGGGACCCCCAGGGUCAAAGGGGGAGGCUGGUUUGCUGGGAGAGAAGGGGGAGAGGGGCAUGGAUGGACUCCCAGGAUUUAAGGGAGACAAAGGAGAUAUCGGAGAGCAAGGCACCCAGGGAGACUUGGGUUAUCCUGGUGAAAAGGGGGUUCCUGGGUCUACUGAGGUCAUUGACUUCAAUGGGAAGCUACUAGAAGCCUUCCAGGCCAUCCAGACCAUCAGUGUCGGGGGCCCACCAGGUUUACCGGGGCCCCCAGGUCCCCCAGGAGGAAAGGGAGAGCUAGGCUUGCCUGGGACAUCUGGACUAGAUGGGGAGAAGGGAGAUAUGGGGGAGACGGGGUCGAUCGGAGAGAAAGGAGAGAAAGGAGAGAUGGGUCUCUCUGGGCCAGGGGGGAUGGAUGGACAGAAGGGGGACAAGGGGGACUCCAGGCUGGAAGAUAACCUGGUUCAGAUGAUUUCUCAGCCAGGCCCUCCCGGCCCCCCGGGACCCCCUGGACCUACAGGGUACAUGGGCCAUCAUGGAACGCCUGGCCCUAAGGGAGAGCCUGGAGACAAAGCUAAAGGGGAGAAGGGAGACAUUGGACCUGCUGGACUGAGGGGUGUUGAUGGCCCUCAGGGUCCCCCUGGCUCCACAGGAUUGGUGGGUCUCCCAGGGACCAAAGGAGAGAAGGGCAAGUCUGGGGAGCCUGGAAUGGAUGGUUUCCCAGGCCUGAUUGGAGAGAAGGGAGACCGGGGAGACAGAGGAGACAAGGGUGACCGGGGACGGUGGGGAAGAGAGGUCUGAAGGGCGGUAAGGGGGAGCAGGGUCCUCCUGGACUGGACCAGCCCUGUCCUGUGGGUUCUAGUGGGACUAAAGGACUUUCUGAUGAGGAGGUACAGUCCGCUCCUCCUCCUCUUCCUCCUUCUGGCCCUGAGGCCUCCUGUCCUUUGGGGCAGGAUGGACUGCCCAUACCAGGAUGCUGGCACAAGUGAUGACUAACAUCAAGCAUGGCCGCUGUACAUAUUGAUAUGGUAUAUAUUGCAACUGAAUACUACAUCGCAUUUAUGUUCUUUUUUUGCCCUUUUAUGGGAACGUUUUAUAUAAUAUAUAGAGAUAUUUUUGUUCGUUAUUUUGAGUCAACAAUAUUAACCAGACCGCAUAUAUCGAUCGAUACAGAUAUUUUUUGUACACAUAGACUCUGGAUAUAAAGUAAAAUGGAGUCAAUGAGACACAGACAUCUUUGAGAAACAUCCAGACAGAGAAAUAAGGCAGCAAACAGACUCCAAACCUAACGGACAUACAGACACAUGCUGGAAAGUAGAUGGAUAGGGAGAGUGGUCUUACUAAUGGAGUCUCGUCUGCCAUAUUGCUGCCUGGCCGUUCAUUUUGCAUGGGAGUGUGUGUGUUCGCGCCCCCCUGCUCAACCCCACGGAUGGACAGACCCCCUGGUGUGGUAAAUGGAGGAGUGUAGGUCAGUGCUCUCUUCUCCGCUCUCUGUUUUAUAAAGGAGGAGAAGGACGAGGAGAGGAGGAGACAGAAACUCAAACGCAAGCGUCUCGCUCUCUCUCAGCCCAGAGGGGAGAGCAGGCCUGGAGGACAGAGGGAAGACGUGGGAGAAACAGACAGUCAUGGGAGCAAAGAGGACAGACAACCUCUAUUGAGAGAGUCAUGAAACAGUUCCGUGCAAUUAAGUUCACUGAAGAAUAGUGAGAUCCUGCAUUAUGGAAAAAUACCAGUAGAGGGCGACACAGAACACCACAUUUACACUUUCACCUGAAGAGGAAUCUCACCCAUUGGCUGUUGUCGUUUUUUUUACCACACUCACAGUUGGUUCUGGGCUACAGAGGCAAGACUUUUCCUAUGAUUACAUAAUAAUAAUAAUAAUAUAUGUCUGUGGAUUCACCUGACGGAUAUGAUGAAAAUGUUUUUAUGAUAUGAAGUAUGACAAUUUAAUUUGUUGCUCUUCUUUACUUUAGUGUUUCCAUUUAAUAAAGUGCAUGAUCAACACAAGUCACAGCAUUAUAUAAAGUAGCUUCCCUCAUACCAGCACACUAAGGCAAUAAGUUACUGAGGUAUUUACUUUGCAAAGAACAAUCUCUAAACAGUCUUUCCAUGUAAAAUGCCACGCAUCGUUUCUUUAUACAGAUGGAUUUUUGUGUGUGCGUGGGUGACACUACCGGGAGUGAUGACAAGUGUGAUGUUUUAUUUGAUUUUGAUCUAGUUCAGUUACAUUUGCAUUCCUGUGCAUGGACGUGUUUGUAUAAUAUACAGAUGCAUACUAAGUUCAUUGUGUUAAAUUCAAAGUCAGAAUUGAAGGAGCCAUUUGCAGUAUUAACAAAUAUGGAGUAAUCCAUCAAAUGAAGAUGAAUAUGAAGUUCAUUUGAAUAUUAAGUCACUUUGUGAUUUUAUAUGGCAUUCAUCAGAUGCCAAAUAGAAAUAUCACAUCAGUAUUUUCUGACAGUGUUGACAGUACAGUGUUGAAGACACGUUUUAUUUAAGUAUUAUCACUUAACCUUAGCUAAAGAGACAUUUAGAUGAAAUACUGUUCUCUCAACAACAGUAUGAAUUCUUGCUGCUGACUUAAAAUUGUAUUGUUUGUUUUUCUUAACCAAUGAGUUUAGUUAUAUAAGACAAGAGUUCACAGACUGAAGUACAAUAAUGUACCCAAAGUCAUUGAUUUAAUAAUAGUUAUACUCAUUGAUCCACAUUGACUAAAAGGUCAUCAUUGACGGUUGGUUUCACUAUACCUACUUGUUUGUUUUUUUAUACAUUAUCACAUCAUGAAUGACAUUUUUUCAUUUUUUUUUCUGAUUUACAUGUUUCUUUUGUGACUUUAUGGAUUGUCUUUUGGAGAUGUAUCUUCUUGGUGCUCGAUCACUCUUUCUAACUUUAUGAAUUCUCUUUUAGAAAUCUAUCUACUUGGUGCUCGAUCACUCUGCGUUUCUGUUUUUCUCAAGUCUUCCUGUAUGGUCCACACACAACACACACAACACAUACACACACACACACACACACACGCACCUCAAUUUCAAUGUCAAGAGCACAUGGCAUAUAUAAGUAACUUGUCUUGUGGGUUUCACUAUACCACAUUUAUGCUAUUAAGAUAAUAAACAACUAGUUCAUUAUAUUGUACUUUAUUAAUGUACCAUUUCCAGUAUUUCUAAUUCACAAAGUGUUAUAUUUGAAACUGGGAUGUAAGUACACAAUCAUAUUUGUUGUUUCCUUCAACCCUGUCAUUUAAAGGCCCAGUGCAGUCACUGUGAAAGUGUGAACAAAUUUUAUCAGUGUUAUUUCCUAAUAGUUCCUGAUUGAAAAUACAAUCUACACAGGACCUUUCUAUUCAGCAGGUUUUCAUGGGCGGGAGGUUGGUAAAUUGGUUAAUAGACCAAUACAAAGUAGACUUUAAACCUCUCCCCAUUUUAAUUCAAAUAUAUUACAGUAAGGGAAUUAAUUGUUACCAAGAAAUGAUUUGAUAUUGAUAUAAAAAAAAAUGUCUGCAUUGGGCCUUUGAUGUUGGAUAUAUGCAGCAAUGUGUGUGGUACACUACCUUAACAAACUGGUGUUUCUCUGCAAUAUUACAGGUUUAUUUCUUUGGCAGAUAUCCUCAGUUUCUCAUUUUUAAGGAAUAAUUGCCAUCCAUUGGUGACACAAUGUCUCAGUACAGUUUAGCGUGUUUUAUAACAAAAAUAUUACAGUAUUAGGUCGAUUUUAUGAGUUUGUUUAUUUGGUUGUGUAUUUGGUUGUAAAAAUAAUUAAGCUAUUUUUGUAACUGCUAUCUUUAUCUUUGUAUUAUGUUACAUCUGGUCAACUCAACAUGUAGACUGAAAUAAACUCCAUAAAAUAUACUGUUA